AUGAGCGCUCAGCUGGCCCGGCCGCUGCGCCAGCGCCACGCCGACGCGGGGCGUCCCUGGCGCGCCGCAGGCGCUGCGCUGGACCCGGACGUCGCCCACAUGGACCUGCAGAUCAACGACGAUGACAGCAUUACCAACAACUGCGAAGAGCAUGUCGGGUCCUUCGGCAUGAUUUUCACGAUCAUCGUGGAGCAUGUCGCGAUCAUCAUGGAGCAUUUCGUGAUCUUCGGCAUUAAUUUCGCGAUCUUCGCGGAGUAUUUCAUGAUCUCCUUGGAGUAUUUCGCGCUCUUCAGCAUGAUUUUCACGGUCCCCGUGGAGCUUAUCAGGAUCCUCGGGGAGCUUGCCACGAUCGUCGGCAUGAUUUACAUUCUCAUCGUGGAGCAUUUCCUGAUCUUCCCGACUCCAGCUCCGACCCCGCCCCACGACGACCACGAUGACGAUCAUAACAACGACCCGACAGACACCAACGAUGACGCUCACGACGUCGACCAUGAAGAUCAGGACGGCGCCCACGACGACCACGAUGACGGCAAUGAUGUCCAGGACGACGCCCACGACGAGGAUCUCCACGAUGGCGGCGUUCACAGCGACCACGACGACGAGAUACUUGACGAGCUGGUCUACGACGCCGCCUCGGCCUUGCACAUCUUGGUAAAGCUUCCUGACAGGAAGCCGUUCUCUUUGGACAUCCAGGCCGACAGCACGAUCGACUCCUUCAAGCUCUUGAUCCAGGACAAGGAGGGCGUCCCCCCAGACCAGCAGCGCUUGAUCUACGCAGGUAGGCAGAUGGAGUCGGGCCGGAAGCUCAGCGAGUACAAUGUCCAGAACGAGGCGAUUAUAUUUAUGGGGCUGAGACUCCAGGGAGGCAUGCAGAACACCGACACCGCAAUGGCCGAGGACACGGAGGGCACGAGCACAGGCCUCACGCAGGACGCCGCACGUCUUCAGCUUCAACAUUCUACCGCCCGCGCGGUGCCGCCCCCAGGCCUCGCCCAGACAGCCGAUAACACCGCAGAGGCGCAGCCGCCCCCCCCGAACGGGCGCGUCGAGCCGCUGGUGGCGGAGGGAUGGACAGAGUGGUCACAGGAAACCGUCCUCGCGAACAUCGAGUUCAUUAAUGCUCUGGUGAGGACACGUGCUGAAGGAUCGGACAGAGCACUGCGCCUCCCUGCAGGAGAUAAGGUUUUCGAGUCAUGGCCCGACCUCCGGUCAUACCUCGAAGCUGUCGGCUACGAUUUCUCGGCAUCUUCGUCGUGCUGGCGGCGCCUCGGAAUGGAACCCAAGGCUGGGGCAUGCCCCACUGUGGAGGACAUCGAGGACAGGGUCCGUAGGGCGCAACUGGUUCUGUCGGUGACGAAGCUGCUUACCUCUUGGUCCGACCCAUGCAAGGCAGGGGCGAAGAAUGCCGAGGACUCCAUAGCCAAUGCUCGUACUGAGUGUCUUCGUCUCCUUCCUUCUGUACUCCGUGAUCGCCGCCAGAGUGGAGGUUACACGCCACCAGCGUAUUUGGAACCUCCCUCGGCAUUGGAGCAGUGGGUUGGCACGGAGAUCAUCAAGAUCGGCGGCGCCUCGCGACAGUGGGCCUCCGCUUUGUGGCUGUCGGACGUAUGCGCCUCUGGCUGCCCUGGCCGCGAAGGGCGUCUCGAAGUUGGGCCAGCCCGGAAACUGAUGGAGGAGAUGGCGAAGGGUAAGGAGAGGGCGCUGGCGGCGUGGACCGCUCUCGGAGCCGGCGGCAUUGUGAUGUGGGCACCGCGGGAGUCAGAACAUCUUCACCGCCUCCUGAGUGGCAUCGAGCACGCCUUCCUGCAGGGCAUGGACAUCGAGUUCUUGAUGCUGUGCGAACGGGAGCCUCUACCUGAUUUUGGAGAGGCCUGCAUGCUCGAGGACCUCUGGCGCCACGCCCUUCUGAAUGGCAAAAAGUCGCAUCUAGUCACGGCGGCGGUCCAUCUGCAAGAACCAGCGCUCAUUGCAACCACCGUGCACAACUCGGCGGCCACGGUCAACAAGGGCUUCUCGGCCUUUCAUCUCACCAGGGCCGGAGGUGGGGUCCCCGCGCGACUGGCCUCGUGGCGCCCAGCACUCUACUCCGAGGACUCGUCCCACGUGAUCUGGGUGGACGUGGAGGCGCAAUCAGGACUGCAAGCGCGACGUGCUCUCGCCCCGAUGGUGUCGCAGCACGGCGUCAGAUGGGAGGGCCCCUUCCGCAGCCUCGGCUCUGUGCCGGACGGCCGCCGCAUCCUCUUCAAGGUGUACGCUGCUCGGGAUGCAUUUUCGGACCUGGGCGUGCACUUCCUCAUCCGCCAGCUUCGCAACGACCCGCUCCUGUCAACCGCGCUGGUUGGCAACCAGGCGCUCCUGGCAAAUAAGGGGGCGCACGUUUUGGAGCACGCCUCUCCGCAAGUUCUGGUCAACCUCCAGGGCUUGUACGACGAUGUCCCGUUGGUCUCCCCGACCCUCGCGAUCCUGCACACCAAUGCGUCAGCACCGGAAUGGGAGACCGAGCUGGCGAAGAUCUUGCGCGACGACCCCGGCUACGCAGCUGUCCAGCUUCGUUGGCGACGAUCCUCGCACGGUGGGCGGCCUUGGGCCCGUCCCCGCACGCUGGACACGGUGAUUUCGGGCGUUGUGGCGCGCGACCGGGCGAGGCGGAGUGGGCGCCCUACCGCGCCGGCAUCAGGGCAGCUGCGACUGACAGGCCCCCUGGGAGCUCGCCCGUUCGAGCUGCUCGCGCAGGUGAUGGACGCUGCUGGCCGGAAGAUGGGCUUCGCAUGGUCCCAGCACGCGCUGCCAGGCGAGCUCCCUCCGAACUCCUGGUCAUGCCAGCUCUCUGCAUCAGGGGAGCCGACUGGCACCGUCAACUUCCGCCUUGGGAACACCUCGGAGGUCAAGCGACUCCAGGAAGCCGUGCAGGGGGACAUCGUCGAGAUGAACGGGUCCCGGACGCCUAUCCAGAUCCUCAGCUCCGACCUGGCUGCCGGGACGUUUCGGGACGUGGUGGGCCGGAGCUGGAACGCGCAGGCCCUCUUCGCGCGCGACUCCAAGCGGCACCGGCAGAAGAGGGCGCACUGCUUGAAUCUAUUGCGCUCUGCUGAUUUUCUGGCUCUGCAGGAGACGCACAGCACGCUUGGGGCCGCGGCUGUGGCGAAGUUCCCGAACAGCAUCGCUACUUGGUGGUCCCAUGGGUCCCAAUCGAUCGGCGGAGUAGGGCUACUGGUCAAGACCGCGUUCUUGGACAAGUUUGGAGGUGCCUCUCGUGCUACCUGGGUGGAGACUACGCCAGGACGGGCGGCUAUCCUGAGAUUGGACGGUUCGACUGGCUCGCUGGACACUGCCGUCUUGUACCUCCCUACUGGGCAUGCGUCCGAUGAGCGGGCGGCAAUCAGAGCCUCGGUGAUACGUGAUCUUCGGCCGCGCGACCGGGCUACUACUAUGCUGAUUGGGGAUUGGAAUUUUGUACGCGAGGCAAAUGACAGGCUUAACUUGUCCGAUGCUGAAUGGUCCCCCGGCUCCGACGUGGAGGAACACCGGGAUUGGGCCACUACGCUCUUUGAGCCGCUCGGCUUCCACGAGGUUUUUCAACCGGAGUGCGCCCAUCGGACUUCUUCGAGCACCUCGCGGUUGGACCGGGCAUACGUGAACACGCACAUCGCGGACCAGCUGUACCGGACCUGGACGUGCACGGCGCUUGACUGGUGCAGCAGACUUUCACACCACCGGCCGAUCGAGACCGCCAGGCGCACUCCGGGACAGGAGACCCCCAGAAGGCGGCCAAUCCCCGCAGCUCCAUCGCGCUCGACGGGGUGGGCGGCCCGGGUGACGCUUCGCUGGCAAGACCUGCGUCGACGGGACAGCUUGCGCGACACAGCACACCGCCGGCUGCUGUUGCUCAAACGAGCAAUCGGCCAGAUAUGCAUGGAGGAGUCGGCUCGUGGAACUACCUCCUCCGAGGCGACCUCAGCGGAAGACCGCCUGAGCGUCGCUAUGCGCUGCUUGCGGGCGGCCGAGGAGGGGGGGCCGCUGGCUGUGGAGCGGGCAGUGCGGGAUUUCCCGGACAUCGCACGCAGGCUAUCCAUCCCAGAGUUGCUCCGGGGAGCUCCAGCGGCCAUCGAGAGCCUCAAAGACAUCAUCCUCCAGCUCGCGAGGGACGAGAUCCGCCAAUAUGUCGCCAGGCUGCACAACGAACUGCCUGUCAUGUCGGACGCUUCCGCGGCAGCUCACAGAGAAUCAAUCGCCAUGAAGAUUCGUCGCCUCAAACCGGGGGGCACCGCCCAGCUCCGUGCAAUCCGGAAGCCCGACGGCUCGGUGACCACGGACCCGGAGCAGAUCGCCGACGCCCUGGCCCAGCACUGGAGACUCGUAUUCGGCAGGCAAGAUAUCGACCAGGACGCCUUGUCAGAGUGGUUACGCGAGGCGGCGCCCACCUGGGAACGCAGCCCGCUGCCUCGGGGCAGCGAGUUCUGGCACACCACCAGGGCAGACAUUGCGUGGGCUGUCCGCACGGCGUCUAACUCUGCGCCUGGCCCGGAUGGAAUCCCGGCUUGUCUGUGGAAGCGUCUCGGGAGUUUGGCAGUGGACGCGCUGGAGGACGUGGCGACCUGCCUCCGGUCCGAUUCCGCAGUGCACGAUAUCAGAGAGGCGUGCCAAGAUGAUCCGGACGGGACAUGCUCCUUCAACCUCGGCGUGCUCUGUUGCAUCCCGAAAAAAGCAGGGGACAUGGACCCAGUGUUAGGCGCAGUCCACCAAGCCGGAAACACGAGACCACUAUGCCUGGUGGACGUGUCGAAUCGGUUGCUCGCCUCGGCGUACAAACGGAGGUGGGAGCAGGGGCUCGGGCCGUGGGUCUCCGAACCCCAGCGCGGCUUCCUGCCUGGCCGCUCAAUGAUGCUGAACGUCAUCGAGCUUGAGGCGGGCGCUCUUCGGACCGCGGCCAAAUGUGCCCAGGGCAUGGUAGUGCUCGUGGAUUUCCGCGCCGCGUUCCCCAGCGUGGCGCACGACUUCCUGCACGGGUGCUUGCGCGGCUACGGCGUGCCGGAGGAGGCCCUGACUGCACUUCGAGCUUUCUACGCGGACGGGGCUUGCUCCAUCUCGGUCGCUGGUGGCUUAUGGAGCGGCUUUGCCGUUGGAUCGGGCAUCCGCCAAGGCUGUCCACUGUCGCCUCUGGUGUUUGCCGCCUGCAUGGAUCUACUCCUACGCGUGCUCCAGCUCCGGCUCGGCGGCGGGUGCCUCAUCCGCGCGUUCGCCGACGACGUGGGCAUCAUCUUGGACGACGUGCCCAAGCAACUGCCGAUCCUUGCUGCCGCGCUCGAAGAGUUCGGCCGCCUCUCGGGCAUGCAAGUCAAUCUGGAGAAGACAAUCGGCAUCCCACUGUGGGGUGACAGUUUGGAGGAAGCGCGUGCAGUGGUCAGCGAGGCUGCGCCGUCUUGGUCCCAGCUCCCCCUGUCCCGCGAGGCCACCUACCUCGGGUGCGCCAUCGGCCCAGGCAAGGUUGGCAAGGAGUGGGAUCGUGCAGCCGCGCGUUUCCAGGAUCGCGUGUCCGGGUGGCCGUGGCCGGAGUUGGGCCUGCACUUCGCCACAUUUGUCUACAAUGUGUACGCGCUCCCAGUGUUGAGUUUCACUGCCCAGAUUGCGGACGUGGACGUCGCUGUCGGCGAGCUGGAGAAGUGGUCCUUGCGACGAGCUGCUCCUGGCCCUGGAAACUGGGCAAUGCCGGAAGAUCUGUGGCAACUUGACCGGAACUUCGGCAUGCCGCAGGCUUUCGGGCAGCUGGCCACGCUGGCGCAGGCGGCGCAACUCCGCCUGGCUGCGUACGAGGAUCGGAGGCUCAACAGAACCAGCCUGGAGCGGAUGACGCUUGAGCUUCGAGCGGAGUGGAAUCAGUCGCAGUACAUGUUGCGCGUUGCGCGUUGGGCAGGCUGGCUGCACGCCUCCGCCCCCAGCGUCCUCGCGCGCAACGCGUGGCAACUCCACCGAAAGGGCAUCACGGCCGAACGAGUUGUCGCUGCGCUGACUGGACAGAGCCCUGAGGCGCUGCCGGCCGAGGCGUGGGAGCAGGCCCGGCAUUCAUUCCAGCGGGAGGUGCGCCGGCGGGUACACUCACUGCACCCGGACCGCAUCCAUAUGCGCGUCAGAGAUAAGCUGGAACGCUGGAAGUUCCCACGGGCGCCUGGGUUGCCAACGCCGCGGGUGCUUGCAGACAGAUUCCUUCAACAUGUCCGGGCGCUCGGGCGCCUGGUGCCGCCUCGAGUCGCCGCGGCCGUUUUCCGAACUGCUUGGAACGGCUGGUGCACUGCUCGACGGUUUCAGCGCCGUGAUGGAUCACAGGAUUUCUGCGUUUUGGGGUGUGGUUGCGGACGCGACAGCAUCGAGCAUUACUCGCGGUGCGCGGUGGUGAGAAGAGAGCUCACCAGUUCUUUGAAGAUUCGCCGUGACUGGCACCUUCCACUUUGGAUCGGCAUCGACGACGCCCAGCACGAGGAGAACGUGGUGGUUCUUGGAGCGUUCGGCGCGUACGCCGCCUACCGGGCCACCAACGCGGCUCGCCGCACGGGGGGUCUCCCCGCCCCUGAAGGCGCGCGGGCUCUCCAGCAAGGUCUACGCGACGCUGCUGCUGGCCACGCGCCGUCGGAAAGACUUCUCUCGAGCAUCUGGCGGCGCCCGGCCGCGGCGGACAGGUGA